AAGUUUGUUUGUAAACUGAACUGACGUUUAGAAGCGAUUUCAAAUCCGCGUUUUUAAAGGGAUCAAAGCUGACCCCACGGCGUCUCUAAUCUAAUCUCCUCCGUCGUGAACUCUGAUUCCUCCCCUCCCUCCCAAGGCAAUGGCGUCGAACAGCAGAGAAGCGAGGAGGCGGAAGAUCUUAGAAAGAGGAUCCGAUCGUCUGGCUUUUAUCACUGGUCAGAUCAACGGCGUUCCUCCUCCUUCUUCCGAUCCCACUUCCCUUACUCAAUCUCAUCUCCGCACUAGUGAUUCCUCACUGGAGAUGAUUCCGCCUACUGAUCGAGAAACAGCUUUCAUCAGUCAUCAGGAAAAUAUGGAUCGUAUCAUCCAUCCAAGCAGAGCAGAAUCUCCUCAGCCUCUCAAGUAUACACAAACGUUGGCUGCUUCAGACCCCAGAGAGACAAGGGUACAACAGUCUCAAGCAUUUACUCCUCUGGUUAGUUUUGUGAACACCAUCACUCCAAAACAAAUUGGAGCCGCCAUUGAUGCUUCCGAAUACGGACGGAUGUUCUCAUCUCUUUUGAUCGCCCUUCUUGUCCUACUAUCUCAUCUCGGCUUCUCUUCCCUGGGCAGCAUUGUAAGCUUCAGACCUGUCUUCUUACUUCUCUUGACCGAUGCCACCAUUGUGCUGGGACGUGUUCUGCUCAGCCAUCAUGGAGAUCCUUCCUCGGCUUCAAGGCGAGAAAACUCAGUAAUGAAUGGACAACAAGGCAUAGCGGACCAAGUGGGCAACGCCCUGGAGAUGGUCCUGACGAUGAAGAAGAUAAUGAACGCUGUUUCUAUGGAUUUUAGCUUGUACGCUGUGUUUCUCAUAUGCGGCCUCUUGUUCACAUAAACCAUCUUUGCUUAGCUCCUCCUUCUAGGUUUGUGUUUUCUUAUUUAUUUCUCUUACUUUUUUUUAUAGAGUACACUUGUGUGUGUCAAAACAUAUGUAAUCCAGUAUUUGGUUUGUUUGAUAAUAAAGACAAGCUUUAAUGUCUUA